AUGUCGGAUGAAAAGAUUAUUUUAAUUGUUGGAGGCAUUAGGUAUGAAACUCUUCGAUCAACAUUCACUGCUCAGCCAGAGACAUUACUUGGAACAAUGUUUCGAGAUCAAAAUGAAUACAUUAAAAAUUCGGUUAAUGGAAACGAAUAUUUUUUUGACCGUAAUGGUGAAGCAUUUUACUAUAUAAUGGAAUUUUAUCGAACUGGAAAGCUUUUAUGGACCACUGAAAUCAAAGAGCCACAAGUCACUUAUCAACAACUUAAUGAAGAACUUGAUUAUUUUCAAAUUAAUAAAUCGGAAAUAUUUUCUUCAUUGGCAUCAAAAACUGCUAUAAGUACAAUUGGUCAAUUCAUUUCAAGUCUUGAACAAUUAAUCAUUAGUCAUUACAUAAAUAACUUUGACAGAGGCAUUUAUCUAGAAAUUCGUAGCGAUAAUAAUAAUAUACAUUGCAGUAAUAAUCUAAAAAGUCGGUUUGACCAAUUUAAAGGAUGUGCUUUUGAUAUCCUGAGUAAUACGAAAAACCAAAUUAAAAGGUAUCUAGUUGAAACCUUUUGCGAAUUAGGACUAAAAUGGGAAUGUCUAAGAAAAAUUUAUAAAUAUAAUAAUACUAGUUAUCAAUCCUUUGAGAUUAAUAUCACCUUUUCUUCUCCGGUUGAAAGACUGUUAAAAUCUGAGAGUGCACAAGCUCACAUAUCAUUUAUCCAAGCCCCAAUUAACACAUCGGAACAAAAGAUUAUUUUAAAUGUUGGAGGAAAAAAGCCAACAACUUUACUUGGAACAAUGUUUCAAGAUCGAAAUAAAUGUAUGAGACAUCCAAUUAAUGGAAAUGAAUAUUUUUUUGAUCGUAACAGUGAAGCAUUUUAUUAUAUAUUGGAAUUCUAUCGAACCGGAAAACUUACAUUGCCCACUGAGUUUGGAAAUUUUACUUAUAAACAACUUGAAGAAGAGCUUGAUUAUUUUCAAAUCCCUUUUAAUAGACCGACAGUAAUUUGUUCAUCAGUUUUAGAAACCAUUAGAAAUAAUAUUAAUACCUUAAUUUUGGCUUUUGAAGAAUUGAUCAUUCGUUGUUGCAAAUAUUUUAUAAAUUAUAUCAAAUUAGAAUUUAAAGGUAAUAAAAUUCUUACGUCUAUUGAUGGUUCAGAUAACAGCAAGAGACAUUAUUAUGAUUUACCAGAUUUACGAAAUUUUUGCACAUCUAAAUUUAUGUAUUAUGAGACUCGUGUUAUCUUAGAUAAUAUGGGAAAACACAUUGAAGAUCAUUUAGUUAAAAGAUUUGUUGAUUUAGGACUAAAAUACGAAUCCAGGCAGAAUUAUAAUAGUAUACAUUUGAUCACUAUCUCUUUUUCAUUUGAAAAUGUUUAUAAAAAUUUUAAAUGA